UUUCCACUAUGUUAAAAUUCAGCUUCAGGAGGGAGAAAGACAAGGAGUUUAAACAUAUAGCCCCUGGUUUGAUCCCUGCUGCCUCCAUUGCUCCAAAGCCUGCUGUGCCUCGCACCCCACCCCCCCGCAGCCCAGACCCCUCACCUGAGAGACCCAGAUCAGCCUUAGCAGCAGCCAUCUUGUCCUCUUCGCUCACUGGACAGACAUGGGCCCUCCCUCCUGCCAGGCCAAGGUCUUUCUCUGAGAGUGAACGAUCAGAGUCCUUCAUAUCUGAACCAAACAUCAGCACAGCACUUUAUAAUAGAGACAGGUGGUCAGAAAAUUUGGCCAGCCGACCACGAUUGUCCUCCCCUGACCACUCAGAGGAGGAGCUGGAAGACAAGGAAGAGGAGUUAGAGAAUGAAGAGGAAAGGGAGGACCAUAUCUACCAAACACUGGACAGAGGGGAGACUUGUUCAAUCACAGAUCCUGUUUACGCGCUGCCUCUGAAAGAUAAGACCAAAAUGCCCCCACCAAAGCAGAUGUCUGGCAGAAGAGUUCCUUCUUCAGAUUUCACUGAGGAAACCAGUGUCCAGUCUCCUGAGGCCAGCUGUGAGUCCUCCAAGAAGAAAGCCUCUGUCAGGACGAGCUCUGGCAGUCAGAGAGAUGGUGUACCGUCUGUGCUACCCAUCCUAACCACUGACCACCCCAGCCAAUCCAGCCAAGCCAAAACCCCAAAACACCCCACUCAGCCAUCUCCACAGCCCAGGAAGGCGUACAGUGAGGUGCAGAGGAAGGUGGUACGGGACCUGCCGAAGAAAGCAAGAAUGGCAGGUGAACAAACGCUACUGGAGGAGAGACUGCAGCACCUGGAACAGGAGAUCAGUCACAGCCAAGCCUCCUCAAACCUGAGGUCAUCAGCAGGCAGUCAGGCAGAACUACAGAAUCUGAGGCAACAUGCUCAGGAGCUGGUGGAUGAAAAUGAUGCCCUCAAAUUGACAGUUCACCGUCUGAAUGUGGAACUGAGUCGCUACCAAACCCGCUUCCGAUCACUGUCCAAACAGGAGCUUGACACAAAGUAUUUAUCUCCCCUACUGCUGGCCUACGAAGAGAGGAUAAAAGAGAAAGAUGCACUUCUGCAAACCACAGAGGAAGAGGUGAAGAGGUUGCGUGUUCAUGUAGAGCAGGUGAUCAAAGAAAAUAAGAGACUCCAUGAUGAAAUUGCAAAGGUUGGAGGGGUCAGCCAGAAAGACUGUCAUGAGCUACAACAACAGGCCAUUCUGGUUUUGAAGGAAAACCAGGUUUUGAUUGAUCAACUUGAGGCUCAGCAUGUUAAGGCCAAGGCCAACCAUAGUAAACACCACUCUGAAGUUUCCAAGGUGUCUAAGCAACUGCAGUUGUUAGAGGCAGAAAAGCAGCAUUUGCAGGAGGAUCUGGAAGAGAGCAGGAGGCAGAUGCAGAAAAACAUGAGGGAGGUCCAAGUUCUGCAGGCCCGCUUGAAGGAUGCUGUCACCUGGGAUGAACACUGCAACAUUGCUGGGAAACUCAGAGGGCAGCUGGAGCAGCAGGAGAAAAGGAACAAGAGUGAGAUGGACCAGCUGCAUCUUAGAGUGUCCCGUCUGCAGGAAGAGAAUAGGAGUCUGGCUCUGGACAAAGCCAAUCUGACUGCUGAUAUAAAGAGAAUGGAGGCUGAGCUUGAGCUUACCAGACAAGCCAACAGGAAGGCUGAGAGGAGGAUGAGUGUAUUGAAGCGGCAGAAGGAAGAGUGUGUGUUGAAGGAAGAAAAGAUUCGGCAUUACCUUGGAGCUGUCAUUUCUGUGGCAGAGCAUGUUUCGCAGGAGAGAGACCAACUACUACAUAUGGCUUCAGUUCUUCAGCAGGAAAAGCAGGGAUUCAUCAGCAGGAUACUGAAUGGCACUGUGCGAUUUGGAAAACUACAGGAAGAAGUCAAACUCAUGGGGGCUAUUGAACUUGAUGAGGUGUUUAUCCUCACAGCAGUUGGCAGAUGUAGGACUUUUUUUGUGCAACCUGCCACUCAAGCUGAGAAAGAUGAAAGGCAGGGUCUUGUAGAUGUCGGACAGUACAACCAGCAGGACAAACGCUCCACUGAAAAGCACUCUGUCUAA